AUGAGCGAAUCUGCUAAACAGUUUGACGCAACCUCUGACCCCGGUUUAUCGAAUGCGGCUGUACCAUUAGCACCAGAGAUACCUUCGUUUCGAAAUCCCGUGCCAUCCACAUCUCAUGCUAGCAAUGGAUUAUCAGCACCAAUUUUACCACCACGACCCGACCUAGGUGUUCAACCAAGCUAUGGGAUGAAUCCAGGGAUGUCCUAUGGUGGAAUGGGAGGUAUGGGAGGCAUGGGAUCGUAUGGUAUGGGAUAUGGAGGAUACAACAUGGGUGGUUACGGCAUGGGAGGGAUGGGUAUGGGUAUGAGCCCCUAUGGUGGAUACAACAGAUACGGACCUAUGUAUGGAGGAGACAUUGAAAGCAGAUUCAUUCAAAUAGCUGAAGAAGGCUCCCGACCAGCAUUUGAAUCUAUACAAAGCGUAGUGAAUGCUGUCGGUAGUGUGGCUAUGAUGAUGGAAAACACAUUUUUUGCAUUAACAAGCUCUUUCAGAGCAAUUCUAGGUGUAGCAGAAAAUUUUGGCCGUCUAAGAUCUCUGUUUGCCCAGUUCUGGUCAACGUUUGCUGUCGUUAGAAGUCUGAACUGGCUUGUUAGAAAGCUGCUCGUUAUGUUAGGAAUCAGAACGGAGACUGAAUUCAAGGCGUGGGCGGAGGCAUUGGCAGCCACCCAGUCAGGAACGGCUACACCAGAACAGAAGGCUAAAGGUUCAAGUUGGCCGAUACUACUGUUCUUCGGUGUCAUAGCAGCCGCACCAUACAUUGUCCUCAAGAUGCUCAACGGCAUCUCAUCAAGUAUACACGAAAGAUUAAACGACCCCUCAAGCUGGCAGAAUCCUCUCCGCGCUGUAGCUCAACACGACUUCCAAGCUACUUCACCUCAGGAGAUCAGCUUCACGACUGACCAGGUCCUUACCUUGGCUCCCCAACACCUACAAGGUCACCUUUGGAACUCAGGUUGGCUCAUGGCAUCCACAGACAGACAGACAGCCGGCCUAGUACCAGUCACAUAUAUAAAAGUAAUCAAACCAAGUGAAAUAAGUAAAUCUGAACCCACGGAAGACUUACAAAAAUAUUAUAAUCAGGAAUUGUAA